GCAAGCGGUGACACACCUCAGCUAUUAGAAACUCGUAAAUUUAUUACUUUGACACAUUAAAGAUGGUUCUUCAGUGCACUAUUCUGCACAUGGGCCGCAAGAGUCUGCUCCAGGAGAUGUGUAAGCAGUUUUUCCUGCAAGCCCACGGGCUGCACAAGUCCAGGGCGAGCGACUCUCUGGAUAUCGUGGCGCACAGUCCGGCGGCUCUCAAGGAGGAGAACAUGGGGCGCCCUGCCGAGGAGGCACAGAAGGUGGAGAGAGUAAAGACGCUGCAAGAGAUGCCCGGACCCAGCACGAUCUCCAACCUCAUGGAGUUCUUCUACCGGGAUGGCUUCAGCCGCAUCCAUGAGAUUCAGAUUGAACACUCUCAGAAGUAUGGGAAGAUCUUUAAGUCUCGAUUUGGACCUCAGCUGGUGGUAUCCAUCUCUGACAGAGACUUGGUUGCUCAGGUUCUCAGGGCUGAAGGUUUGGCACCUCAGAGAGGAAACAUGGAGUCCUGGAAGGAAUAUAGAGACCUGAGGGGGAGAUCCACUGGACUCAUUUCAGCCGAGGGGGGCGAGUGGCUGAAGAUGCGCAGUGUUCUUCGUCAGCUUGUCAUGCGCCCAAAAGAUGUAGCCGUUUUCUCCCCUGAUGUUAAUGCCGUGGUAUCUGACCUGGUGGACAGAAUCAAGACACUGCGAAGCCAACAGAAUGACGGCCUAACUGUCCUCAACAUCAAUGACCUAUUCUUCAAAUAUGCAAUGGAAGGUGUGGCAACCAUUUUGUAUGAGACUCGACUGGGCUGCUUGGAAGACAAAAUUCCCAAGAUGAGUCAGGAGUACAUUGCUGCACUGCACCUCAUGUUCAGCUCUUUUAAGACCACCAUGUACGCCGGUGCCAUUCCCAAAUGGCUGCGUCCCAUCAUUCCCAAACCCUGGGAGGAGUUUUGCAGCUCAUGGGAUGGCCUCUUUAGAUUCAGCCAGAUCCAUGUGGACAAGAGGCUUUCAGAGAUCAAAAAGAAGAUUGAGAAGGGCGAAGCGAUUAAAGGAGGGUUGUUGACUCAUAUGCUUGUCACCAGAGAGAUGAAUUUGGAGGAGAUCUACGCAAACAUGACAGAAAUGCUCCUGGCUGGGGUUGACACGACCUCUUUCACACUGUCAUGGAGCGCAUACCUUCUGGCAAGACAUCCCAUGGUACAGCAGGAGAUCUUUGAGGAAGUGGACCGUGUGCUGGGUGGACGGGUCCCUACUGGAGAGGAUGUUACUUCUUUGCCCCUGAUUAGAGGGCUUGUAAAAGAAACGCUCAGGCUUUUCCCUGUUCUCCCUGGAAAUGGCCGUGUUACACAGGAUGAUUUAAUCAUUGGAGGUUAUUUCAUCCCUAAAGGGACUCAGCUUGCUCUGUGUCAUUACUCCACCUCCAUGGAGGAGGAGAACUUCCCCCAUGCUGAUGAGUUCCGUCCAGACCGCUGGAUCCGCAAGUAUGCCUCUGACCGCGUCGAUAAUUUUGGCUCCAUUCCGUUUGGUUACGGUAUCCGCAGUUGCAUCGGUAAAAGAAUAGCAGAGCUGGAGAUGCAUCUGUCUCUUACACAGAUCCUUCAGAACUUCCACAUUGAGGUGUCUCCCCAGACCACUGAUGUUCGUGCUAAAACUCAUGGCCUCCUCUGUCCGGGAGCACCCAUCGACCUUAGAUUUGUGGACCGAAAGUAGACGACCAUUACACUAUGUGUAAAUACAGUAUUAAACUUAAUCCACCUUGUGCUUCUAGAAGUCCAAAGAUGGUUAGUGUCAUUAUGUAUUACAGUACUUUUAGCCCUUAUAUAUAUAUAUUUGGGCUGCCAAUUUAAUGCGUUAAUUCAGUGCGAUUAAUUUUACAAAAAAUAACGCGUUAAAAAAAUUAACACAAUUAAUCGCAUGCCCCCGGACCAUAAUAGGUAAUAUUCCUGAAAAUGCAAGCUUGUAGUACCACCUGUUUACUCCAGAGGGCAGUAAGUGAAAUUUCAGCUGUAUGAGCAACGUGCAGUUUAUACAGUGAAGAAAACACUUCAGUAGGCAGAACAACACAAACAUGGGUUACAUUCUUGCGUUCAAAACACUUGAAGGAUCUCACUUGAAGGAGAUGUGUUUAAAGAUUGAGUAUUAAACUAUAUUUAACUUGACACAGUGACCUAAACAUUUUAUGUUUAUGACAGAACACACCCGAGAAGCUACAAAAGCAUGUCUUGACGCAGGUGUAAAUUGACGGGCUCUUAAACAAGCCCUCAUAAUAAAUCUCCAACUGAUUGACAAAUUCACUUGUGUAAUGAUUGACUUAUGAUCAAUAUAAUAUGGUAGUAAACAAUACAUUGUAUUCUAAAGCCGCUUUUUGUAUUGUCUUAUCAAUGAUUAACUCUUCUGCUACAGGAAUGUAAUGCAUUGUAAUUAUCUGAAUAUUUUUUUAAAUAUAAAUUUAUUAUCGAUUGACAGCCCUAAUAUAUAUAUUAGUUUUAAAUAGAGUUUCUCUUUGGUUGGUAGUUUUAGUAAUUAUUGCUGCUAAAUAAGAAUGUACAGAUCCAAACAGAUGACCAAAUAUUUUUUAAAUGUUUAGAACUGGUGUUCUUUUAUAAUAUAAAAUCAAUACCAAUAACUUUCAGAAUUGUGUUUUAAAUGGCUCAUCUUUUUUUUAAAUUAAAAUUUAAUUCAAAUUAAAUUAAAUAACUUUUUUCCCUCUUAGCUUAAAAAUGUAUGUGGUCAAGAAAACUUUGUAUAUAGAAGUUUUACAAUUGCAUUAGAUUUAGCAUUAAGCUCCUCAUUUAUUUAACAUGGAUACUUGCACUUACUUGUAUAUACACACUUAACACUAACGUCAUAAAAUAUUGUGUACAGGAAACACUUCUAAUUAGAAAGAUGUUCAUCUUGAUUUUAGAGUUACUGUCAUUUUCUUAUGAAUAUGAAAUAUGUCUUUGUCAUCUGGGAUUUUGUCAUGUGGGAAGUUUUUACUCUGAGGAAUACAUUUGAAUGCAAAAUACAAACUUGUGCCUCUUUGUUAGUGCAUUAGACUUGUUGGCAAGAGAUGGAUAAUGGGACAUGUUGAGAAUGAACUACUUCAAGAAAAAAAGGUGAAGCCACUCAAAAAUGCAUUGUCAAGUUUGGAAGGGUUUGAUAUGUUGAUACUGUUGAAAGAGUUGCUGAAUUUUGGAAGAGAAUAAAUAAAAUGAAUGAAUUGCA